CAGUUUCGAAGUUGACUCUGGGGUGUUUCAACAGGAAGGCGGACAUGUUGGACAGGCAGAGGGAGAAAAUCGGGCACCCAGUAUUUUUUUUGUAUUUUUAUUUAUUUAAUUUUUAAAAAAUUUGACUAGGAGCAUCGUUAAAGCUCGAUUUAACCGCACACUCAGAGCAUCGUGGAUUACAUACUUGUUGGAAAAGUAAAAGCCGGCAUGCGGACUAAGAGAGAUUUAUCACAGCGGGAUUCGUAAAGGAUCGUUUUAACCAGGGUCUUGUUUUAACUCAUCGAAAUUCGUGAGGCGAAGUUUGUUUUUCCGCCACUUCUCACUCUGCAGCUGUCAGACUCGCUCGGCCUGGCGAGCUUUUAUGCUCCGAGGCCUGGAGAAACUUCACUUCAUCUCACGACCGCAUGCUAACUCUGCAGCAUUUGUUUUAUCGCUUCUUUUCGCGUGAAUUGCUUAUGUUUUAAAAGAGCCCUUUCCCUUCAUAUCUCCCGAAGCUAAAUUAGCUUAGCGCGGUGUAAUCUGUCGCCGCUGCUGUUCGUGUUUGCCAAGUUGUCAUGGACUAAUCCCACUCCUCGUCCUGUUGAUGGUUUGUUUCGAAAAUGUGGCUUUUUGUCAUCUCUCGGUGUUACACACGAUUCAACGAGAGUGAUAUUAAGGCAAUAAGACACAAAACGGUGCUUUGUUCAAACUAGUGCUCCUCGCUAAGUGAGGGCAGAGGAAGUUAGCGAGUUAAUUUGCUAAUCUUAGCCCGUAACUCGCACACGUCUGAAUCAAAUCAGUCUGAUCAGUUAUGAACAUGUCUGCUGGAGAAAGUUUGACAGCUCGCUUCGAGAAGAUCGAUGCCAUGCUGAAGGAUCCCCGAUCAGAGAUCAACACAGACUGUCUGCUGGACAGUCUGGAUGCUCUGGUUUAUGACCUUGAUUUUCCAGCCCUGAGGAAAAACAAAAGCAUCGAUAACUUCUUAAAUAGAUAUAAGGACACAAUCAGCAAAAUCCGGAAGCUUCGUAUGAAAGCAGAGGACUAUGAAGUGGAAAAGGUCAUAGGACGAGGGGCAUUUGGAGAAGUACAGCUGGUGAGGCACAAAGCCACAAAGAAAGUGUACGCCAUGAAGCUGCUCAGCAAGUUUGAGAUGAUCAAGAGGUCGGACUCUGCUUUCUUCUGGGAAGAGAGGGAUAUUAUGGCCUUUGCCAACAGUAACUGGGUAGUACAGCUGUUUUAUGCCUUCCAGGACGACCGCUACCUCUACAUGGUGAUGGAGUAUAUGCCAGGCGGAGACCUGGUCAACCUGAUGAGCAACUACGAUGUUCCUGAGAAGUGGGCUCGUUUCUACACUGCUGAGGUUGUGCUGGCACUGGACUGCAUCCACUCCAUGGGCUUCAUUCACAGGGAUGUAAAGCCGGACAACAUGUUGCUAGACAAGGCCGGCCACUUGAAGCUGGCAGACUUUGGGACCUGCAUGAAAAUGAACAAGGACGGCAUGGUACGAUGUGACACGGCAGUAGGAACUCCAGACUAUAUUUCUCCCGAGGUACUGAAGUCGCAGGGAGGAGACGGAUACUAUGGCCGAGAGUGUGACUGGUGGUCUGUGGGGGUCUUCCUGUAUGAGAUGCUCGUCGGUGACACGCCGUUCUACGCUGACUCUCUGGUGGGCACCUACAGCAAGAUCAUGAAUCACAAGAACGCCCUGACCUUCCCCGAUGACAGCGACAUCUCAAAGGAUGCAAAAAGCCUCAUCUGUGCUUUCCUCACAGACAGGGAGGUGCGGUUAGGACGCAAUGGAGUCGACGAAAUCAAGCGACAUGGUUUUUUCAAGAACGACCAGUGGUCAUGGGAGAACAUGAGAGAGACGGCUGCUCCAGUGGUGCCGGAGUUAAGCAGUGAUGUAGACACAAGCAACUUUGAUGACAUUGAGGAAGAUCGAGGGGAGGAGGAGACAUUCCCCAUUCCUAAAGCAUUUGUAGGCAACCAGCUUCCAUUUGUGGGCUUUACCUACUACCAGUUUCCUCGGGAGCCAGCUAUAAAGACAAGUGACAAACGCAGCUCGACAAAGGAAGAUAAAAGUCAUUUGGAGAAUCUUCAGAAGAGAAUUUAUCAGCUAGAAGAACAACUUCACAGUGAGAUGCAGCUGAGAGACGAGAUGGAGCAGAAGUGCAGGACGUCCAAUACAAAGCUAGACAAGAUAAUGAAAGAGUUAGACGAGGAGAGUAACCUUAGGAAGAGUGUGGAGGCUAACAUGUCUUUACUGGAGAAAGACAAGAUCAUGAUCCAGCACAAAGUUACAGAACAUCAGAGAAAGGCGGAACAGGAGGCUGAAAAACGAAGAAAUCUGGAGAAUGAGGUGUCUACUUUGAAGGAGCAGCUGGAGGACUUGAGGAAAAUGAGUCAAAACAAUGAUAAGGUCGCUCAGCUGCAGAACCAACUGAGGGAAUCCAACGACCUCCUGCGGGCCGAGUCUGACACGGUGGUGCGUUUGAGGAAGAGCCACACAGAGAUGGGGAAGUCCAUGAGCCAGCUGGAGAGCGUGAACCGCGAGCUGCAGGAGAAGAGCCGCGCCACAGAGAGCGUCAAACAGCAGCUGGAGAAAGAGCUGCUUCAGCUGCAGACCACGCUGGACACGGAGAGACGGAGCUGCAGCCAGGGCUCAGAGGAGAUCAGAGAGCUGCAAGCUCGUAUCACGGGUCUACAGGAGGACAACAAGAACUUGAAGCACAGUCUGUCUAAAGUAGAGCUGGAGAGAAAACAAGUGCAGGACAGAUGUAACAUUUUAGAGAAGGAGAAGAACAGUCUGGAAAUCGACCUGAACUACAAACUGAAGACUCUACAGCAGCGGCUGGACCAGGAAUCCACCGAGCAUCGCAUCACGAAGGCUCAACUCACAGACAAAUACGAGUCCAUCGAGGAGACCAAGUCAGCUGCUAUGCACGUGGUGGACCAGAAGGUGGCGGAGGAGACCACGCUGCGGAUGCGGGCGGAGAGCAGGGUGGUGGAGGUGGAGAAGCAGUGCUCCAUGCUGGAGUUUGACCUCAAGCAGUCUGUGCAGAAGAUGGAGCAGCUGAUGAAGCAGAAGGAGAGGCUGGAGGAAGAGGUGAAGGAGCUGCGGGUGCAGUUGGAGCAGGAGUCUGGGAAGCGUGUGCUGGCCCAGAACGAGAUGAAGAACUGGACGAUGGAGGCCGAGCGGCUGAAAGGAUCAGAGAAGCAGCUCAAACAGGAGAUCAACGCGGCCCUCGAGAACAAGCGCUCUGUUGAGUUCCAGCUGGCACAGCUCACCAAGCAGUACCGAGGAAAUGAGGGUCAGAUGAGGGAACUUCAGGACCAGCUGGAGGCUGAGCAGUAUUUCUCAACGCUCUAUAAAACUCAGGUGAAGGAGCUGAAGGAGGAGAUCGAGGAGAAGAAUCGACAAACUCAAGAGGCUCUGAGAAAAGUCCAGGACAUGUCCUCAGAGAAGGAGUCGCUGUCUGCUCAGCUGGACCUGACCAUGACGAAGGCCGAGUCGGAGCAGUUGGCUCGCGCGCUGCAGGAGGAGCAGUACUUUGAACUCUCUCAGGAGCACAAGAAAGCCGUCUCGCGGUACAAACAGGAGAUCUCAGAGAAGGACUCGACCAUCACACAGCUUGAGGAAUCCAAUAAAACCCUCACCAAAGAUGCGGAGAUCCUCAGUAAGGAGAAGGCAGAGCUGAGCGAGGGACUCCAAGCUCGAGAAGAAGAGUUUGCAGCAGAGAAGGAGGAGCUGACAAACACAGUAAAGGCUCAUUACGAGAAGGCGCUUAAUAUAGAAAGAACUCUGAAGACCCAGGCGGUGAACAAGCUGGCUGAGAUCAUGAACCGCAAGGACAUGAAGUUGGACCAGAAGAAGAGAGGCAGCACCACUGACCUGCGCAAGAAAGAGAAGGAGAACCGCAAGCUGCAGCUGGAGCUCAACCAGGAGAAGGAGAAGUUCAACCACAUGGCCAUCAAGUACCAGAAGGAGCUGAACGAGAUGCAAGCGCAAUUGGCAGAGGAGUGCACGUAUCGCAACGAGUUGCAGAUGCAGCUGGACAGUAAGGAGAGUGACAUCGAGCAGCUCAGAGAGAAACUGAACGACCUGCAGCUCCGUGUGGACAGCUCCAGCGUCACCAGCCUGCAGCCAGACGAGACGGACAGUAACAUCGCCGAAUCGAGGCUUGAAGGCUGGCUCGCGAUACCAAAUAGGGCUAAUAUAAAAAGAUACGGCUGGAAAAAGCAGUAUGUUGUGGUGAGCAGUAAAAAAAUUCUCUUUUACAAUGAUGAGCAAGACAAGGAGCAGUCUAACCCCUGUAUGGUACUAGACAUCGACAAACUUUUCCAUGUGCGUCCUGUUACGCAAGGUGACGUUUAUCGAGCUGAGGCCGAUGAAAUUCCAAGAAUAUUCCAGAUCCUGUAUGCUAAUGAAGGUGAGUGCAGGAAGGAGGCGGACAUGGAGAGCGUUCCUCAGGGGGAUAAGACCAACUGCUUGCCCCACAAAGGCCAUGAGUUCAUCCCCACCCUUUAUCAUUUCCCCACGAACUGCGAGGCUUGCUCCAAACCGCUGUGGCACGUCUUCAAGCCUCCUCCGGCCCUGGAGUGCCGCCGAUGCCACGUCAAGUGCCACAAAGACCAUUUGGACAAGAAGGAGGAUGUUAUCGCCCCUUGCAAAGUGAAUUAUGAUGUGACAUCGGCUAGAGACAUGCUGCUCCUGGCCUUAUCCCAAGACGAGCAGAAGAAAUGGAUCGGUCAUCUCGGCAAGAAGAUUCCCAAGACCCCUCCAUCUACCUUCGCAAGGGCGUCUCCACGCACGAUGUCCACUCGCUCCGUAGUAAACCAGUCCUUCCGCAAGAACCCCAAAAACAUGUCGGGCAAGCCAAGCAGGGCGCAGUCCUUUCUCCAAGCGGCAGACACAACAUCCAGCACAUGCUGACAGCAUCACGCAGCCUCUCCACACCUUAGAUUUCUAACGGUGUAGUCCAUUCCCCCUUGUUUUUACGGUUGAGCUUAACUGUGGUGACGUGUUCUUUGAAGGGGUGUGCUUCUGUUUACUCUGGGUUUUUGUUUACCAGAUUAGCGGAACCUUUCCUUUACAAACUUAACCAAUUCUGGGCGAUUCAAAGGGAAUUUCCUGUAGCUGGACUGAGGCUCUCUACAGGCUUGGCUUGAAAACUUUAAAUUUCGCUUUCUUUUAAGAUUCUGCUAGAAACCCCCCUCUUGAGCGUCCUCCUGCUAAUGAAGCAGCAUUCAGUUCAGACGUGACCCUGGAGCACAAAACCAGUCGCAAGUAGCAUCGGUAUAUUUGUAGCAUUAGCCAACAAUACAUUAUAUGGAUCACAAGUAUAGAUUUUUCUUUUAUGCCAAAAAUCGUAAUCGGCAUCCCAGGAUAUUAAGUAAAAAUCAACAUUAAGAUUUUUUUUUUUUUUAAUUCCUACCAUAAAUAUAUCAAAACAUUGAUUUUUUUAUUAGUAAUAUGCAUUGCUAAGAACCACAUUUGGACAACUUUAAAGGUGAUUUUCUCAAUAUUUAGAUUUUUUUUGCCGCCUCAGAUUCCAGAUUUUCAAAUAGAUGUAUCUGGGCAAAAUUUUGUCCUCCGAACAAACCAUACACCAAUGGAAAGCUGAUUUAUUCAGAUGUGUAAUUCUCAAUUUUGUGGUCCAGGGUCACAAAUGCUUAAAAACCAUCUUAUUUGUACUUAUGUUGGCAAAAGUAACACUUUAUGGGCCAGAUUUAUUAAACAGGCAAAUUAACAUGAGAACGCGAUCCCAUAAAAGCACCUUUAGGAGUGAAAACGUUUUGCUGAUCUACUGAAAAUGGUGCAAGCUGUUAGUAAAUCUGGCCCUAAUUCUAACAGGGACAUGCAAAAGAUUUGACUUGUUGCAUUAGAAUAAGGCAAAAGGACAAAUCUUUGAGUAUUUUUUUUCUUUUAACCCCCAUCUUUCUAUGAUGGUAACAAAACAUGAAUCACAUGAAACCUGACAAAGGAAGGAUGGGAUUAAAUUUUGCAUGAAGAAAAUGAAGCUUAUUUUCAGGAUUGUUUGCAUUUGAUUAAAUUUUACAUUUAUGCAUUUAGCAGACGAUUUUAUCCAAAGUGACUUACAGUGCAUUCAGGCUAUAUAUAUGCCUUUACUGUUAAAUGCCAUUGUUUCUCCUUAAACUCUGCCGUGUAUGUGUCCAUUGGUCAUUCAUAGAAGUACUAAAAAUAAAAUGAUUUAUAGGCUACAGAAAGCGAACGAUGAGAGAUCCCUAAACUAUCAUUCACUUCAAAUGACAAAUUGAAUGUUGAGGCUCUGCCAUCAUUUAAAAAUGCAUAUAAUAACCUUGUUGUGCUAAGACAAUAUCUUCUUAAUUGUCACAAAAAUUGUGCAUUACUAUAUCUUAAUAGUCCUAAAGGCUUCAUUUCCUUUAUGUAAAAUAUAAGUUUUAAUCGUUACUGUUUGUUUAGUUAAAUGUGAGCUGGAUGAGCUUUUGUUAGAUUCACUCACAUGACCACAAAAGUUGAGAUGUGAAUCAUAUUUCAUGAUUUAUGAUUGUCUGUUUAACAUGAACCCCGAAGUAAGAAUAUGAUCAAUAACCUAAACUCUCUUACAAAUACUGGACCUCUUCUUUUUCUUCUUUCUUCCAGCUAACCAUCUGAACCGAAUUGGGAUUUUGUAGUUUCCUCUCCAAAAACCUCUUUAGAAAAAUCUGUCACAACCUUGGAAUUAACCCUUUAAUGUUGCAUUUCACAAUUGAAUAAAAGUCUAAUUGUUGCAGAAGUUCAGGAUUUAGCGAUCACAAAGCAUCAUGGACAUUUUUCGGCAUCAUCUAUUCUCUCCCUGUAACACUGGGAUCCUCCGAUUCUGUUUAACCUCGUGCUGUCCAGAGGAAAGCAUCUUUUCACAUCUUGGGAAGGAAACUAUAAGCUGUUCUCAUGCCCACGUCUUUCUGUUUGGAUUCUGGGAAAGGCACUGUAGCUUGACACCAUAAUAAAAGGGGAAAUUUGGUGAACUUACCAUAAAAGGGUCUUUGGGACAAUAUUUUUAGUUUGCAAACUAUUUCUACUUCGAUCCACUUCGAUGCCGCCUUCUGAUGGACUCUGGUUGCCUUAUUCAAUCUCUCAAAGUCUAAAUGGAAAAUGAAUUGGGUUUGGGGCAAAAGAUUGGGUUUUCGAGGGGAGAUUUUGAGAUGGAGAAUAAUUACAGUCUAUGCAUAAUAUUAUCAGAAUUGUCUUUAUCAUUAUACUUUGUUUUGGAGUCUCCAAGCCAUAGGAUAUCAUCAUAACGGCGUCAGGAGACAUGAAAUGUCAUAGAAACCAUUGUUUAAAGUUGAGUCUCUGUGUGUGUUCAUUGGGUACAUCGUUUCUGUAUUAUUCUUUUGUUUAUCUUUUUUUUUUUCUUUUUUUUUUUUUAUUGUUGCCUUACAUUUGAUUCAUAGAUAACUGUUCCAAAAAGGAAAACAUUAAGUUAACAAAUGUAACUGCACUGUUUGAUUUGUAAUUUAUUUGUAGAAGACUAAAACAGCUGUAGCGUUCGGCUCACCUAGUGCCUUUUGGAUAACAAUUUUACUGCCAUAUCUGUUUCUCUCCAACAAAUCUUUACUAUUAUGAUACUUUGAAAACCAACAUAUCUAUUACAGUGUGUCUUCUUUUCUUUUCAUUUCUUUUUUUUUAUCGAAACCUAAAUGGUUUUCAGCCAGAGCGGACCAUCUAUUGCAUGUCUUAAAUGUCGUCAACCAAAGUUCAGAAGUUCUGCAUGAAGCGCCAUGAUGAAGGCAACAUGUCCUGCUAUUUUCAUAAUCGUUAAAACAGAACCGUUAACAUCCCCACCUUAAAAUAGAUUUCAUUCAGUGUACAUAUUCAAUUGAAACGAGAUGAUGAAUACCUCAUCAGUAAUCUGACAUGGUUUUUACAUGCAAAAAAUAAGCACUGGAACUAUGAUCUGUUUUGUCGUGGAUGCAUUGCAUGAUAAAUUGCAUUGGAGGCCACACUGAUGGAUAUGUGUCAAUAAACAUAUCUUUAUCUAUCACCGAA